AUGUCAAUCAUUCCGGAGUCGACGACGCAGGAGGAUGCUGAUCAUGCCCCCCCAAGUUCUCUACCACGCCAACGUCCACCAUGGAGCCAGUAUCAUUUCGGCAGAACGCGGUCAUCGAAUAAUUUCAACGUCUCUAAAGCCAAUUCGAGUUCCAGCUCAAAAACCACAUUGGAGCCGAGUAUGAGCUUGGAAGUUCUGAAGAACUCCCUCAGCAUCCGCAUCUCGGCGGAACGGUUGUACAAGAUUAUUCACGAGCGCUGGCCAUCCCAACCUACUAUCAGUGACACAACUCUCGACCGCUGUUCGAAAGCCCAGUUGCAGCUGGAUCCGCGCUGGUUCACACAGGGGAAUAGGGAGGAGUCUUUCUUUAUCAUGUUAGAGGGCCCAGGCAUUCUUCAGGAAUGUAAGCUUCACCUGUCCCCUAUAUCAGAAAGAUGGAAAGACUUCUGCUUAUACCUUGGUCAUGAUCACUCGGGCGAGCUCGAAGCUUAUCCUCUGAUAUCGUUACGCCCAAAGCUCCAGACGUACGAGAAUCUUCAUGACGCUGUUGAAUUCCGACUCAUUCCGCUGGAGAUCCUUCUACAAGAGCUCAAGCCUUCCUUCGCUGCAAAGAAGUUCAUGGAGAUGACUCUCGCACGAUCUUUGCUACUUCUGCUGGAUGGACCGUGGGUACGAACUCACCUACAUCUGCAAAAUGUUUCAGUAUUUUGCAGGAUUGUAAAUGGCGUUAUCCACCCCCGAUUUGACAAGAUGUUCCUCUCGACCUCUUUUGGCUCAGCCGUUGACCCUGACGAAUGGCUGAAACACAACGAUACGCCGUUGAUGCCUGCAAUCCUGGCUCUCGGGAUAUUGUUUGCGGAGAUCGAACUCGGAACCUCUUUGCAGACAAUAUAUGAGGGCGUGGAUCCUGAGCUGAAGGUUUCAGAUCCAGUUCGAGUGGCUCAAGUUCUUUUCAAAGAAUGCGAGAAGGAGUUUGGCAGGGCACUCGGUGUUAUGAGGAUCAUGGACUCCUGUUUUGGCCCGAGUCCACUUCAUAGGACUGCAUGGAUACCGCCUAAUGAUGGCCUCAUUCAAAAUGAUACGGACUUUGUCAACCGGUACUAUGCCAAUAUCGUUAGGCCUCUCGAGGAAGAUUUGGUUAGCUUGGGCUGGUCAUGGGAUGAGAUCAAUGGGCGGACUCCUCGCAUCCUAGGCGACGCAGAAGUCGUGAGAAUCUUCACAUCCUCCAUACAUCAUGCCAACGACUUGCUGGGACAUCCCCAGGAAACGACGGCUCCGGUCAUUCCUAUGAUGGAAGACACAGAACAGGAGAUUAGACUUCUCUCUGCAGAAGAAAGUACUCCAGACAAUCAUCGGCCCACGGGGUUUAGAGAUGUACACAAAAGGCAAUUUGUCCCACGGAUGGAUAAUUUCGGCGAAAGCGAGUCUCAAAAGGCUCAAGAACCGUCUGUACCAGACACUGGCGCCGACAAGGCACACCGGGUCUUCCAAGAUUCCAACAAGAAGCGCAAACUGGAUGUCAGCUGCAAACUCGUUGAACCUCGGGGUGUCGAAGAGCUACAUCCCUCGUGA